AUGAGCCGUCAUCGGGCGUGCGGCGGGUCUUCCUCGCGCUACGCGAACUCCGGCGCCUUCUCCAUCCCCGACUCCGACUUUCAGCGUAGCGACACGAUGCUCAAGAGGCGUCGACAGCUUUCUCCUCCGCGCGCAGUCGCCUCCGCAUCGCGCCGCUCUGCAAUGUCAGACGGUACAAUCACCAUGCGCGCUAGGUCCAAGUCCAAGUCGCGUGCUCGAGCCAUGGCUCGCAAAACGCCAGGCCAAGAGUUUAUCGCGCUGGGCAGUAACCGCGCGGCCAGCGCUACCACACUCAACUCCAAUAAGGCCAGUAGUGGCCGUCGCAACUUGUCGCCAAUCUCGACCCGUACGCGCUCCAAGUCUGUCACAAGGGAGAAACACGACACGGAGGCGGCCAUUCGUCGGAGUCAAAGAGAACGCUCCAAAUCGGCAGCCAGACGCACUGGUGGGGCACCCAGAAGCUCCCGCAAGGAGUCGACGACGUUAUAUAGAGCCAGUAGAACUCAAAGCGGGAAAAAGCGGGAGCGCGGUAGUAGCCUCCAGGAGAUUGAGGACGCCAUUGCAGACACUGAACAGGAGUUAGAACCGAAGAAAAAGGAUCUGGAAGAUCUAAAGGAGCAGCUGAAGAAGCUCCAGAAGCGUGUUGAGAGUAAGUCGAUCGAGGUGUACGACCUUCAGGUCGAGCUGGAUGCGCUGAAAAUGCGUCGAGAGCGUCGACUGCCAUCGCGUCGCAGUGGAAGCAGCCGCGAGGAUAAAACGUCGAGACGAUCUAGGAAUACGAGCAAGAGCAAUCGACGUGAUACUCGACGAUCAAGUAGCCAUCCGCGAGCGUCCAAGCGUCCUUGUAUCGUGGAUGAAGACGAUGAAGGCAGUGAUGACGAUGACUGUGCCAUUAUCGAUUCGAGUGAAGCGAAACAAGAACUAGAAAACAGUGCCGCGUCAGUCAAGAGCACAGUCGUGCCUGUUGAGGACUCAAUGCCAGAUCUUUUCUGGGGCCGCUCAAAUGUACCGAAGCUGCUGGCGAAUCACCGUUUCCGCGCCAUCCCAGACGGUAGCAGUCGUAAGGGCCGCCACUUAGCCUUUAACCCGAUUCAGCCCCAAAUCUUCGCCACAAGCCCUGAUGAAGGGGGCCUAAUCUUGUGGAGCUACCAACGUCAGGACCAAGACAUCGCCAAGGUGGUAGCUCUCACGCCACCAUCAUUCCGCCGUGAUAAUCCUUGUGCUGAAGCUAUCUCGUGGAGCCCAGACGGAAACCGCAUGGCUAUGGCUUUCCGUGACCCUUUGCAAGAGAAAGGAGAGUUCUGCAUUGUGCAACUCCACCAGCUCAAACUGGAAGAUAGUGACAUGCCGCAGCCCAUUCCGCGUGAUCGAAUCACCUCAAAGCGCACCGUUCUGCACUCACGAGGUAUAUCUGCGAUCGACUGGCUGCCAACCGGGUUUGGAGCGGAAACUACAAGUCAUCAAUUGGUCACGACUGGCAACUCUGACCACGCCGUUGUGCUCUGGGAAGAGCACGAAGACAGCCAGCGUGGUGGAUUGGAUUUGAAGUUUACUGUGCUGCACCGAGACCACCGCAGUGAAGUUAAAUCGCUCUGUGUUCACUCUCAACGUGACUCUCUGUACACUGGCGGACUUGACGGAUUGCUGAUUCGUUAUGACCUGAAAAAGGGAUGCAGCGACAUCGUCAUGGAGCGUCGCAAACCGAGUAUCUCCAAGAUCAACGCCGUACUGGAACAUCCACACAAUCCGAACCUUUUAAUGGUCAGCUCUGUGGAGCAGAGUAGACACAAUUUGCUGAUGCACGACCUGCGUCAGCGCUAUGACCGCAACGGGAUGUCGCUGACUUGGGAAGGGAGCUCCAUGAGUCAGUACGUCGUGCCGCGGUGGUCGCCUGCAGGCUAUCACGUCUCGUGCGGCAGCAAGACCGGUGUGGUGAACAUCUGGGACGUGCGCAUGCGUGGGAAAAAUUACCCUGCGGUGUUGCCCCAGCAAUCUCUUCGCGUGCAUCACAAAACGGUACUGCAUGCAACUUGGCACCCGCGAUAUGACGCCAUGUUCAGCGUCUCCCACGAUCGAACGCUUGGUCUGCUCACGUUUCGAUAAGCGUGUGUGAGUACAAGUUAUGGAAGUGCUCUUGUUGCAAUAUACUAGUAGCUUAGGUUU